AUGGAGGUGGUUUACUCGAUUCUGCUGGUAUUUGGUGCAUUUCUGGUAGGCGAAAUCAUUCCUCAACAGCUUCGGCGAGAUAAGCGAAAUCUCAUCAUUGGCGGCAAGAAAAUUUUAAUAACGCAGGCACCCUACCAGGCAGCAUUAUUCGUGAAUGGCGGCUUCAUUUGUGGCGGUUCAAUUAUCAGCGCAAGAUGGAUAUUGACCGCCGGACACUGCUUGCCAGGUAAAGCGAAAGAUAACCGAACGGUUCGUGUGGGUUCAAAGCUAAGGAAUGCUGGCGGGGUAGAGAGAAAAGUUUUGCAGGCCAUUAGACAUCCAGCCUAUGCUGCAAACGAAAGUGUGGUAGCAUUGCACGAUAUUGCUUUACUUUUGCUAGGCGAACCCUUGGACUUCGAUGGUAGCCAUAUAUCGUGCGUUACGCUUCCCGAGAAGGGUGAAAAACUUGCAGUCGGUAGCGAAGGUCAUGUUUCCGGCUGGGGUCGAACGGACCUCAGUGCACCAGUGACUGAUACAUUGCGUGCAGCUUAUUCGACUAUUCUACCAUUUAAGCAAUGUCAGGAAGCGUAUACUCGUUACAGCCUGAAGGUGUAUGAAGAAGAACAAUACUGCAUUGGAGAUGUUGGGGAUGAUAAAGGAUCGUGUCGUGGCGAUUCCGGUGGGCCAUUUAUAGUUGAUAGAACUAUCUAUGGUGUCGUAUCUUGGGGUCAAAAUUGCACCGACACCAACUUUCCAGGCGUCUACACGGACGUUAGCACCUAUGUGCAAUGGAUUCGAGACACCGUGGCAUCCAAAUCAUCGCCAGAGGACCUAAAGUGUAAUGCAUAG